AUGACACAUAGCGUCUCUGUAUUACGAGAUUUCUCAUUGAUAUCAGAGCUAUUCAAAGUCGUUAUCAAGCCAUACAUAAAUUCUAUACAAGUUUCACAAGGAGUAGUUUUUAGAUUUGUCCAAGAAGCGUCAGUAGAAAGGACAAUAAAAAAUAAAAUAGAUGAACUAAGAGCACUUUUGCAAGAUUCAGACGUAAAUGAAGAUAUACUUGACAAACUAACACUUGAAGGUACAGAUAAAACGACAAUUAUUGAAUUUCUACCGAAACCUAAAGAAAAAUAUAAAGGUAACAUACUUAAUGCGAAAUCUGAAUCACUAAAAUCAAACAUACAGAAAUACAAAAUAGUGAGGGACCAAAUAAAAGCAGAGCUUGCAAAAGAGUACGUUUCAGAUAAUACACAGAAGAGUGAUAUCCAAAUACACGAUCUCUUAUCUCAAAUUUUACAAGAUACAGAAAACUUAUCAAGUUGUUACAAGGUAAAGUGCAAACUAGUGAAUAGAGAUGUUCAAAAUGAAAAAGAAAAUAGUAUUAUAAAUUUGGAUACAAAAGACCUGAGUGACAAGCAAAUUAAAGCUAGAAGAAGGAGACAUAAAUGUCAAAAUUUCAAAAUUUGUACAAAUGAACUAAAGAAAUUCAUGACUGAUUUUUACAACUCCUUAAAUGAUACAGCUGUUAGCAAAUUAAGGAAUUACGCAUCUAUGUAUGUUAGUGAUGUCAAUACAGAUGGAAGUAAUGAAAAAGAAGCCGUUGUUAGUUUAAUUAAUAAAAUUGUCUAUAUAUCUGAACGAAAAGUUAGUAAAAUAUUCAGAAAAGAAACGUUAAUUUUUAAUUUAUACGAAAAUAAAAAUAUUGAAAAUAAUAUUAAAUAUUUAAGAGAUUACAUUAAAAACACGAUAAUAAGAUGCAAUGACAGUAUAGUAAAUAAGUUAGAUGUACAUUUAAAAUCCCUUAGAGCUAGGUUACUGUUGACAGUUAAACAGGAUAUUCGCGCAAAUUUAGAUGUUGAUUUGGGAAAUUUUGAAAGGGAUUUAAAAGGAUGUGUGGAUUUUUCGACAUGUAACGGGAAAUAUAAUUCUAGAAGAAAUGUUGAAUCCAACAGAAGAUAUCAUGGGAUUAAUACAAACAUUGUUUAUUUUAAAGUGCAAUUUAAUUUAGAUGAUGAAUUAAAAGACGAAAUAGUGAAAACUGUAGGAUCUGUUUCGAGGUUUGGAGGAGAAAACUUUAUUGAGAAACGACACAAACGUUUUAGAAAGCAUCAAGACGACAAUCCAAAAAUGAUAAAAGGGAAAUACAACAAUCUGAAUAUAACUAGAACAACAUAUGAAAUAUUAACUAGAACUCUUGCUACCACUGAAAGUACAAAAAACAGCAAUGUCUUUAUGAAUAAUAAUAAUAUUAAUAUUGCCAAUAUGACUAAAAGUACUAUAUAA